UAAGCAUCUAGAAAGGAGCAAAGAGAGGCCAAAAAAAAAUAAAAAAAAAAAGAACGUGUAAACAUAGUAAAAUGGCAUUUCUCAGGUCAGUUACCACAACAACAACCGCCAUUGCAGCAGUCUCUGCUUUACCUGCAGCUUUUGCCCUUUCUUCGUCAUCUUCUUCUUCUUCUUCUUCUUCUUCUUCCCAAUCUAAUCAAUUUCCAAAAUCGCAUAAAUUCCCUUUCCUCUCCUCCAUACCAACUCUCCUCCCAAAUCGCUUGGGCCUCGUUAGAAGCCUCACCCACCCACCCUCAGCUCUCCAUAUGGACGGACACACAUCAGAACAAAAGCCAUCAUCCCAGAAUGGUGCUGUUGCCUUGCCAGAACUACUGACUGAAUACAUGGUGGAUAUGACGUGUGAGGGUUGUGUUAAUGCUGUCAAGAAUAAGUUGCAGACAGUAAAUGGGGUUAAAAAUGUUGAGGUGGACCUGAGCAAUCAAGUAGUAAGGAUUCUUGGGUCAACGCCCGUGAAGACCAUGACCGAAGCCUUGGAGCAGACAGGUCGAAAAGCCCGAUUAAUUGGGCAGGGGACCCCUGAAGAUUUCAUCAUUUCUGCUGCUGUGGCUGAAUUUAAGGGUCCAGAAAUUUUUGGUGUGGUUAGGAUGGCUCAGGUGAAUAUGGAAUUGGCUAGGAUUGAGGCCAGCUUUAGUGGAUUGUCACCUGGAAAGCAUGGUUGGACUAUCAACGAAUUUGGUGAUCUGACAAAAGGUGCUGCUAGCACUGGGAAAGUGUUUAAUCCAACCAAAGAUUCCAAAAAUGAGCCACUUGGUGACCUGGGAACAUUAUAUGCUAGUGAGAAUGGGGAGGCCUUCUUCUCCGGUGUCAAACCAAAUUUGAGGGUUGCUGAUCUCAUUGGACGGGCUAUAGUGGUAUAUGGAACUGAAGAUAAAUCAGAUUCUGGUAUCACAGCUGCUGUAAUUGCUAGAAGUGCGGGGGUUGGCGAAAACUACAAAAAGAUUUGCACAUGCGAUGGGACCACAAUUUGGGAAUCCAGUAACAAAGAUUUUGUUACCAGCAAGGUCUAAUACCUCUAGCUCAAGCAAAAACUAAAGCGAUAUCUAAUGCUCUACUGGAACUUAAGGCACCUUGUAAAGCCGGUAGAGAAAUUAGAGUCUUUGUAAUUUUGUACCUUUCGAUAGUCUUUCAAUGUAGGAAUAAUUAGGCAGUGUUUGUUGGAUUUGGAAUGAAGGAAAUGAGCCUAAGUUGGAUGGCUGUUGUACUA